UAUCUUUUAUCAACUCGGUCUUCACUGUGUCAAGGGGACGCGUAGUGGACCUUUCAAACUGCUCUGAUGGCCGAAAAUCCGGGGUCGGUACCCACGUGUUUCGGCGAAUCAGGUCUUGCGAGAACGAUAUUUUUAAAAAUGUCGAGUUCCUUUACCCUGAAUCAGUCACGAUAUUCAACAACGACGUUAUAAAAGAGGAAGACCUCAAACACAUUUGCGAAGGACGCAUCAAACCUGGCCAUAUAUUUAACCAGGAUACAGUGGACUCAGAUGGUGAACGGAAGUACCAACCACAUUGCGUUAUUCUUCUUGUCAGUGCUGAAAUACUCCUAGAACUUGGAAAAGGAAGCAACAAAAGGCUUGAAAUAGCGGUGGCAACAGUCAUCACGAGAUGCGAGAGAAUAUGCCCAAAGGUGGCCAAAAACAUAGAAUAUAUUUUCAUUAGCCGUACAAUAUAUGAAGUUGUUCAAAUCGCUUCAACAGUCUUGGACUGUCCGGAACACAAAGUGUUUCCUAUUGUGAACUACAUUAACCAAGUAGUAGUUGAUAAAAAGGUAAACGUUCCAAUUCUUUAUUCAGUAAUGUGUGCGUUAAAUGUCAGUGAUAUCAUGCAGGAAUUGGGCUACUCGAACAGAAAGGAAAUUGUAGAUACAUCAUGUGAUGAACUGUUGGACUACUCGAACAGAAAGGAAAUUGUAGAUGCAUCAUCGGAUGAACUAUUGGACAACUCGAACAGAAAGGAAAUUGUAGAUGCAUCAUGUGAUGAACUAUUAGACUACUCGAACAGAAAGGAAAUUGUAGAUGCAUCAUCGGAUGAACUAUUGGAUCACUCGAACAGAAAGGAAAUUGUAGAUGCAUCAUCGGAUGAACUAUUGGACUACUCGAACAGAAAGGAAAUUGUAGAUACAUCAUUUGAUGAACUAUUGGACUACUUGAACAGAAAGGAUAUUGUAGAUGCAUCAUCGGAUGAACUAUUGGACUACUCGAACAGAAAGGAAAUUGUAGAUACAUCAUUUGAUGAACUAUUGGACUACUUGAACAGAAAGGAAAUUGUAGAUGCAUCAUCGGAUGAACCAUUGGAAUACUCGAACAGAAAGGAAAUUGUAGAUGCAUCAUGUGAUGAACUUUUGGACACCCCGAACAAAAAGAAAAAAGAGGAUUCAUCCCGUGAUGAACUGUUCGACACCAAGAACAGAAUGGAAAUUGAAGAAACACCAUGUGAUGAACUGUUGGACUCACCUUUGAGUUUCAUGUUGCUUAUGCUCUGGUAGUCUUGUAUAUGUAGUUUGAUGCAAUAUAUAAAAAGGUAUCUGCCGUUCCUCUAAAAUGUGAUGUACUGCCAUCAUUUUACAUCCUAGUAGGAUUAAAAUUAUCACUGAGGUAUGAUGCUUUUUUGUAUUAAACAUGAACUUGAA